AGCCACACACCUAUAAACCUGCAGGACAGUGGAGUGUGAGUUCAGAGAGAGGGGAGGAGAACCAGGCGAGCAGACACAUCUUACCAGGACCUUUCACACUGCACCAUGUCCGCUCCCCCUGAACCAGGGAGUAUCAUCCCAUCCGGGUUGAAAGUCUGCACAUCAGUUCCAGAGCUCCUGAUGCUCCUUGAAUUUGUAUUCGGUGGUCUGGUGUGGAUCCUGGUGGCUGCAUCUCGCAUCCCGUUUCCCCAGAACCAAGGCUGGGUGAUGUUUGUCUCUGUCUUCUGCUUCGUUAUAACGACACUGCUGCUGAUCCUGUACAUGGCCGGUGUCCAGAAGCGUUCCUCAGCUUGGAACGCGGUGGAUGUAUUCUACCACCUAAUCGCCGCUAUCUUUUAUUUAAGUAUCGCCGUGCUGGAGGCUAGCGACACAAGAAUUUUAUUUGUAUUAUUUCCUCCACAACUUGCAAACAUUUUUAAACUCAACAUUGCUGCCUCAGUGUUUGCAUUCCUGGCCACCCUAAUCUACACGAUCCACGCCAUACUCUCGAUACUGAGAUGGAAGUCUGCUUCAUCAUGAGCGGCAGGUCAAGCAGCAAGCGGCAACACAUCUCACCACAGAUAUUGGCUGUCUUCACGAUACCCUUGUUCAAACUUUCCUUCCUAGAGUCUUACGUCCAACUGUAAAUGUAACCUUAAUAAAUGAUCGUAUAUAUCAGGUAUUUUACACGGUGGAGCUGCCUGGGUGAGAGGAAUAUUGAACUGCAGAUGCUGGUUUAUACCAAAGAUAGAUACAGAGUGCUGGAGUAACUCAGCGGGUCAGGCAGCAUCUGUGGAGAACAUGGAUAG